CUCGGGCUUGUGAUAUCAUAGAGCUAUGUCGUCCAGCUUUGCCUCUUCGUUCGCGCCCUAUACCCCUCCACCAGAUAACUCUUCCUACCGAUCAGCGCCAUCUUCAAGCUCCAAAGCGCAGCCAUGGUUUCCUGUUCAUUCAUCCUCACGUGGAACAGAGAUAUCUUAUCAAUCUGGUGGUCUCCCUACAUUUAACAAUUCAAUAAGUGCGCAUGAGGAUAUCCAGGAAGAUGUUCAGCAGAAUCAGUGGGAAACAAGUUAUGGGAUGCGUGUGGACGUUCUAUCAGCCUUCGCAUAUAUAUUGGGUCCAAUCUCAGCUUUGAUAUUACUUGUGCUGGAAACUCAUAACGAUUAUGUUCGGUUUCACGCCUACCAAUCUACCUUGCUAAUAACACCUCUGCUAUUGGUGCGCAUAUUUGCAUCACUACUUGGUUUUCCUUCAUGGAUGCGGUCAUUCCUCACUAUUACAUUCGCACUUUCCGCACUUUUUAUGGCCGUACGAGCGUACCUCGGAGCGUCGCACGAAGGUCUCACGCGUUAUCAUCUCCCAAGAAUCGGGCCGCUCGCUGAGAGAUGGGUGUUUGAGGAAUGAGCUGCUCUCCUCCACGACAUCAUCAUCCAAUAUCAACGUGCACCGGAAUUCCACCCUCUAUCCAUGUAGCAACGAAUACAUAAAUAAUAAUAACAAGCAAUCCAGUGGGUGCAAGCUACUGUAUACACACUCUCUAUGUUCAUGGAAUCAAAGCUGGUUGAUUCCGAGCGGACUCGAACACGCGCAGUGACUGCAGGUCAACGAUUUUGUGAAGGACAGAAAAACGCUGGUCUGAUCUGAAGCACCCGAUGAUGUACGGAGGACCCACGCGCAACUACAGGGCUGGUUCGAAUUUUCUAAUACUACUCAUGCACAUAUGUGAAAGAGAGAUGUAAAACAGGACAGACUGUGACAGCAAGAAAACGCGC